CUUAGUAUCUGACUUCCCACAAUCCGCAUCUCAAUUUCCCAAAUGCCAUUCAAGCUCCGUCGCUGUAUCCAGUUCCGGCAGCACGGUUCUUCAAAUUUCAGGCGACUGCUUUUUUCAACGUCCACCGGAUUCAGACAUGGAGGCCUUAUUCGGUUCGAUUGAUAUACGUGAACUCCUCUCGGCUCAGGACCUCUCCGAUCCGACGGCGCCUCUCUCCGCCCCCGAUCUCCGCCUUCUUGUCAACCGCCUGGAGUCCCACUCUCUUCAGAUCAAAACUAAGAUACGCGAUUACUUACUUUCUCACCAUCAAGAAUUCUUGGACCUCUUUUCCCUCUGCAAUGACGCAGUUUGCCAGUAUCAACAAAUCUCCAAGGACGUGUCGAAUGUGCUGGAGUUGACUACUGACCGCCCGAUUGAGGCCAAGACGCGUGAGAUUAUCGAUGAUAUGAAGGAGAAGACGAAGGGCGCGAGGGAGAAGAGGGAACUGUUGGAGUUGGUGAAGGUAAUUGUGAAAAUGGAUGACAGGUUGAAGGGUGUUAGAGAAGCAACAAGGAAAGGAUUGCUCAAAUUUGCAGCCGAGGAAGUAAGAGAGCUAAAGAAUGCUCUACGGAUUUACAAUGACGACGACUGUAAAGAUGGAGAGCCCUUGGUUUACGGGCUACUGAAAAGGGAGUGGCACCAGUGCUUUGAGGAGAUUCAAGACUUGCUUGUGAAAAUCCUGGAACAUGCAGUAAGGUUUGAUCAGCAAUCCAUUACUCUUGAAGUGAAAUACUGGUCAAGUAUUGACGAAAUUGAUGGGAUUGAGCUAUGCACGGUUUUGGAAGCAAUGGAUGUUGUUGGUAUAUUGGAUUAUGGCCUCGCCAAAGUGGCUGAUUUGAUUAUCAAGUUUGUUGUUUCUCCGGCCUUAACUUGUGGCUCACCAAUAUCUUAUGUGGAAGAAAUAAAUCAUGAUGGUGAAGGAAAGCGUAUAGCAGUCCUGAAGAUAGUGCCAUCCCUAGAAAAGAUUGAGAACGUUGAUGGUGAAACCAUAUACUCAGAGGUAACUCGGAUUGUUAAGUUCAUCUACAGACACAUAUGUUAUCAAAAUAGUUCUUGGAUUCAACGUUUUGGAAGAUUAACAUGGCCUCGGAUGUCAGAAUUGAUUAUAUCUGGUUUUCUUUCGAAGGUAGUUCCAAAAGAUGCUUCAAAGCUUGCUGGAUUUCAGAAGAUUGUUGAAAGUACAUCCAAAUUUGAGGGUACAUUAAAGGAAAUGAUGUUUAUUUCUCCAUCUGAUGCAAAUGAUGAAAGGCUGAGUAAUUUUGCUGAAAAUGUGGAGGUUCAUUUUGCUUCUGGGAAGAGGAAAGAAAUUUUAGCAAAGGCCAGAAAUUUGCUUCUAAAAUGCGAUUUCUCUGUCCCUAAAGAGCUCACAAUCAAAGGUGAUAAGCAAAAGGGGACUGAAAUGACUAAAAGCUCUUCAAAUCAGGUUGUUGACUUACUUUUCCUAUCUGAGAGAUGUGUUGUGUCUGAAGCUGCCGCCAAACUGAUGGAGCUAAUUCAUCAAACACUACAGGAUGUUUGUUUGUCAUCCACCAGAGUCGCUUUGGAAUUUUAUCAUGCCGCUAGGGAUGCCAUACUCCUUUAUGAAGUUGUUGUUCCAGUCAAGCUAGAAAGACAGCUUGAUGCUGUCAAUCAUGUUGCAGUUCUCAUGCACAAUGACUGCCUUUAUUUGUCUCAGGAGAUACUUGGACUUGCAUUUGAGUAUCGAUCAGAGUUCCCAGAUUUCCUAAUAGAACAUGCUGUCUUUGUUGACAUGGCUCCAAGGUUUCAUGAGAUGGCCGAAGAAACAAUGCAAAAACAGCUUCAGCUUAUAACUUGUAACUUGAACGAGGCUAUAGAUGGUGCAGAUGGAUUUCACAAUACACAUAGAAGGCAACAAUUUGAAUCUGCGAAGUUCAGCAUAGAUCAGGAAGUUGUGCGUGGCACCGCUAUCAAUCAGAACUAGGACUUCUUUCCCCUUCAUCUUCUCUCUCAGUUUCAUUGCUGACAGCCCAUAGAUUGAUCUCAAGGUAAUUUCGACCGUUUCCUCUUUUUCUUCUUCCUUCGGUGGAUCUCCCUUUCCCUCCUUUUCCAGAUCAAUUUCUUCAUUCUCAUUAGUGAUGAAUAACAUUAAUUCCCGGUUCUCCUUCAGCUUGCAUCGGUGGCCUGGACUAUACUUCUCAUUACAACGAAAACACAAUCCCUUAUCUAACCGUUCGCGAAACUCACUAUCCGACAACCAUGGUUGGUUCCUUCUUCACAAAGUUGUUCUUCACUGGUAGGGUAACUCUUUUGAUCCCUUGUGUCUCCAUACUCUUCCCACUCUUCACAUUCAGAUUUUCCCUACCUAAGCCUUCCUUCUUUCAUGGCCCAACGACUCCUAAGUCUGCUAGUGCCAUUUUCAGUGCUACAUUGCGGUCACUUACAAGUUGGGCUUCAUACAUACAUUCUUCAAGUGUGGUUGGCUUUCUACUAAUCACUUCGGCCCUCAAGGUUGGUUCCAGCACAAAAGCAUCUCGAAGGACUUCUUCAGCUAGGUCGGGCAAGGGUGCUGAAUAUGUGACAAAUUUCUUCAAAUAUUCUGCAUAGGUCCCUUUGUGCUUUAUUCUCAACAAUCUCGCGCCUAAGCUUCCUUCUUCAGUAGGUCUAUAGUGCUCGAACAUCCUCUUUUUUAGUCCUUCCCAAGUUUGAAUAGGUCUCCGGUUGUGGCUCCAUCUAAACCAAUCUACCUCCUCCGGCCCAAAACUGAUGACAGCAACCUUAACUUUCUUUUGAUCCGACAAUUCAUGUAUCUCAAAGUAAUGUUCUGCCCUAUACACCUAUGAUUUAGGGUUUUCACCAGCGAAAACGGGUAUUUCCAGCCUCUUAUACUUGCUUUUAUCUGCUCCUCCGCCUCCCUGGUUGGUAUUUGACUCGGAUUCAUCAACUAUCCCUUUCAUUUUCAUCCUUCUCCCAUCAGAAGCGCCCGAUUCCUCAACCUUUCGAGCUGCAUUGCUCUCCCUCAUUUCUUCUGUCAGUUUCUCUAUGUUUUUGCAUAAACCCAGCAGCAUCUCCUUCAUUUCCAAAACCUCUUUUUCAUUUUUUUUCCAGCCUUUCUUCCACUUGUUUCUGAGCCAUAGCUCGUGUACGCCCCAGGAUGAAGCAGGCUCUGAUACUGAUACCACUUGUAAGAUUCACUCACAAUCUUUCGUCCUCCUCCCUUGUAAACUGUAAUACAAAGCACAAAAAAAAAAAAAAAAAAGAGCACCAGAAGAAAGAAAAAAAAAAA